AUGGCACAACCAAAAGGGUUUGUGGAUGUUAUCAACCCGGAUUAUGUAUGUCACUUACAUAAGGCCAUCUAUGGUCUUAAACAAGCACCACGGCAGUGGUACAACACACUAACGGCACAUCUAGUAUCUAUGGGAUUUAAACAUAGUUUAUCUGACCCGUCUCUCCUCACACUUGUAUAUGUGGAUGACAUCCUCAUAACCGGCGACAAUAAUACUCUAAUCAGCAACAUCAUCCAACAGCUUCAUCAACAUUUCAAUAUGAAACAACUGGGUGAAGUUCACUCCUUCUUGGGUAUUCAAAUCGAACGAAAUCCUAAUCAAUUUUUUCUUUCUCAACAGAACUAUGCGGCCUCUAUUUUGGAAGUCGCUCAACUCAGUGAUUGCAAAUCCCUGGCGAACCCAACUUGUACAAAGCUGCCCUCUAAUUUUUCUGCAGAUUCAAUUCUCGGUGAUCCAACUAUAUACCGAAGAAUUACAGGAUCUCUCCAAUAUCUUACACUUACAAGAUCGGAUAUCUCUUACAGUGUUAAUCUACUUUCACAACAUAUGCAUCAACCGUUACCUCAACAUAUCUAUCUACUCAAACAUUUAUUACGUUACAUUAGAGGUACUAUUAACUAUGGUAUUCCAAUUACUAAAUCUAACUUAAUGUUGUCUUCCUUUUCAGAUGCAGAUUGGGCAGGCGAUCCCACAUCACGAAAAUCAACCUCCGGAUAUUGCUCAUUCCUAGGAGAUACGCUCAUAUCUUGGACAGUGAAGAAACAGAUGAUGGUAGCACGCUCAUCUACUGAGUCGGAAUACAGGGCUCUAGCCGCACUCACUGCGGAUGUUGUCUGGCUGCGACGAGUCCUCACAGAUUUCGGUAUUCAACAAUCGGCACCAACUGAUCUAUAUUGCGACAACACAUCUGCCAUAGCUUUGGCUAAUAAUCCAGUGUUUCAUGCUCGCACAAAACACAUCGAAAUAGACCAUCGCUUUGUUCGUGAUCACAUUUAUCAUAGCACGAUUCGACUGCUUCCAAUCAAUACGGUUGAUCAGCCAGCCGAUAUUUUCACCAAAUCCCUAUCUACACCGAGGUUUCAGCAACUAAGAUCCAAACUGAGCGUCACUCCUAGACCCAACAGUUUGACGGGGGAUAUUAGAACCAUAGCUACAUAA